AUGGAGAUAGGAGGGCAACCUCGACGAAACCCAGAGAGGAACCCAUGGAGGCGCGAAGAAGACACGAUCCGAAGAGGUCUCUCCUCACAGCGUUCGCAGCAGCCGACGACGAGUUCGAGCAAGAACACGCAGCGGCCGUUUCGAUGCCACAAGACAUCAACUCGCUCGGAGAUGACAACGAUACCAAAGCUUUCUGCAAGUUCCACGGGAGGAACUGGCCACGCCACUGAAAACUGCAAACACCUAAUGAGCAACCUCAUGCGCAUGUACCAUCGAGGAGAAAUCCCGCCAAUGGACGGUGAUAGGUCCCAAGGAAAAAGCUUCCCGCCGAAACCACCAAAAUCUGGGCAGCAGGAGAAGCGCGGACGACAACCCCGUCCGAGGAAGGAUGCAGAAAAGGCGGAAGCCGCUUGGGAAAAGGAAUCGUGA